ACCGUGAUGCCGACGAUGCUGCGAGCGUUCGUGGUGGCUCUGAGCGUGACAACGAUCAGCUAUACACCUGCACGUGCUGACGAAGUGUCGUUCGUAGGAUUGUGCACUCCAAGCCUCCCUGCCGCCCGUAUUUUAAGAAAGCCAUUCGUGACACCAACCAUGACAUCGGAUUCGAAGCAAUAUAGCAAGUACCAGCCCAUGAACAUGCUUGACAGGAGGUCGUUCUUGUCGAAAACUCUUCUAGUUGCUCCUGCACUGUCCUUCGGUUUUCAGGCUACUGAGUUCGCUGCGGCGGAAUACGACACGAAAAAUCUUCCUGUAUCCUUGCAGAAGUUGAUGGGCGACUUUCCACUCGAAGAUGCCACCAUUGCAAUCUUUGACGACAACUCCAAAUUGCCUCAGAAAAUGUUGAAGGAGCUUCAAAACAAGGGCAUCAAGGCUAUUGGGAUCGGAGCGGGCGGCGACCUCGCCAGCAUGAGAGAUAAGUACAGAGAGAAUGAGUGCUAUGCGGCCAUUGUCCCAGACGGCAAGUUUGUCAAGAAUAUCAUGAGCGGCCGCGGUCUAGAAUGUGAUCA